AUGACUGAUCUCAACCCACUACAACACGACGAGAAUCCAGGGCCAUCGAGUUCUAUGGGUCCUCCUUUAUUUAUUCCUUCGUCAACGGCUGGUCCAAUCAGACGACGCCGCUUUAGUACAGCUAAGAUCCAGCCAACCCGAAUCAAAAAAGUGAUGCAGUCAGAUGAAGAGAUUGGGCGGAUGGUAGCUUCCGUACCGGUGGCUAUUGGAAGAGCAAUGGAACAUUUUGCUGAAAAAUUCCUCCAGGCAGCUGCACAGGCUACUCAGCUGAGCAACUCGCGGACCCUUACUCCUGCGCACAUGAAGCAAGCAAUGAUGGCAAAUCGUCAUUUCCAUUUCCUCGCCGAUAUUUUUAAAGAAGUAGCCGUCCCUGGACGCAUGGGUACAGAAUUUGAUCCUUCUGGCACUCGUCAACAGAUGCAACUUUUACAGGCUGGUCUUCCUACGGCGAUUGCACAAACCACUGCAGCGAGCCCUUUGAAUAGCCCUUGUACUCCCAUUUCUCCAAUGGACUCAAGUUGCUCUACUUCGUAUGGAGUUCUACAGCCACCGAACGGCUCACCAUAUUCAGUUCCACUACCAGCGUCUGUUCCCUACAAUGUACCCUAUUCUCCACUGCUGCCGAAUAUGAAUAUGGCAGGACAAACACAGAAUGUCGCCUCUAUGCAGUACCAAUCGCCUGCUGCAACCAUAGCAGCAGCGAUACCAACACCACCCGCAGCACCACCCUCUUCGACGCGGAAGGCACUUAAUGGAAAGAAGGCUGAUUCUUGUGUUGAAGGGGAGAAACCGAGAAGGGGGCGUCCGCGUAAAAUUAAGCGUUCUGACAAGUGUCUUGACGAAGAGUUAUGCGAAGAAGUUACAAAUGGAAUUGAGAAAGAGGAUCAGGACCGUGCAUUGAUGCCACCGCCCGCACUUCCGCUAGGACGCGCCAAACCCGUUGCAUGA